AUGCUCACUCGAGUGAAAUCUGCCGUGGCCAAUUUCAUGGGCGGCAUCAUGGCUGGCAGCUCAGGCGCCGAGCACGGCGGCGGCGGCUGCGGAGGCUCGGACCUGCCCCUGCGCUUCCCGUACGGGCGGCCGGAGUUCCUGGGGCUGUCUCAGGACGAGGUGGAGUGCAGCGCCGACCACAUCGCCCGCCCCAUCCUCAUCCUCAAGGAGACCCGGCGGCUGCCCUGGGCCACCGGCUACGCAGAGGUUAUCAAUGCUGGGAAGAGCACACACAAUGAAGACCAAGCCAGCUGUGAGGUGCUUACCGUGAAGAAGAAAGCAGGGGCCAUUACCUCAACCCCAAAUAGGAACUCAUCCAAGAGACGUUCCUCCCUUCCCAAUGGGGAAGGGCUGCAGCUAAAGGAGAACUCGGAAUCCGAGGGCAUCUCCUGCCAUUACUGGUCGCUGUUUGACGGUCACGCAGGGUCCGGGGCCGCGGUGGUGGCGUCGCGCCUGCUGCAGCACCACAUCACGGAGCAGCUGCAGGACAUCGUGGACAUCCUGAAGAACUCUGCCGUCCUGCCCCCGACCUGCCUGGGGGAGGAGCCCGAGAACACGCCCGCCAACAGCCGGACUCUGACCCGGGCGGCCUCGCUGCGCGGGGGCGUGGGGGCCCCCGGCUCCCCCAGCACCCCACCCACGCGCUUCUUCACCGAGAAGAAGAUUCCGCACGAGUGCCUGGUCAUCGGGGCUCUCGAAAGCGCGUUCAAGGAAAUGGACCUACAGAUAGAACGAGAGAGGAGUUCAUAUAAUAUAUCUGGUGGCUGCACGGCCCUCAUUGUGGUUUGCCUUUUGGGGAAGUUGUAUGUGGCCAAUGCUGGGGAUAGCAGGGCCAUAAUCAUCAGAAAUGGAGAAAUUAUUCCCAUGUCUUCGGAAUUCACCCCUGAGACUGAGCGCCAGCGACUUCAGUACCUGGCAUUCAUGCAGCCUCACUUGCUGGGAAAUGAGUUCACACAUUUGGAGUUUCCAAGGAGAGUACAGAGAAAGGAACUUGGGAAGAAGAUGCUCUACAGGGACUUUAAUAUGACAGGCUGGGCAUACAAAACCAUUGAGGAGGAUGACUUGAAGUUUCCCCUUAUAUAUGGAGAAGGCAAGAAGGCCCGAGUAAUGGCAACUAUUGGAGUGACCAGGGGACUUGGGGACCAUGACCUGAAGGUGCAUGACUCCAACAUCUACAUAAAACCAUUCCUGUCUUCAGCUCCGGAGGUGAGAGUCUACGAGCUCUCCAGAUAUGAUCAUGGAGCAGAUGAUGUGCUGAUCUUGGCCACUGAUGGACUCUGGGAUGUUUUAUCAAAUGAAGAAGUAGCAGAAGCAAUCACUCAAUUUCUUCCUAACUGUGAUCCAGAUGACCCUCACAGGUACACACUGGCAGCUCAGGACCUGGUGAUGCGUGCUCGGGGAGUCCUGAAGGACAGAGGAUGGCGGAUAUCUAAUGAUCGGCUGGGCUCAGGAGACGACAUUUCUGUAUAUGUCAUUCCUUUAAUACAUGGAAAUAAACUGUCAUGA